AUGGAGGAUACGGUAAAAUUGAAAUCUCUCUUGGCUGAAUUUAUAUUGAAUUCGUGUGGAAAUACAUUCAAGUAUUCAGAUGAGCUCAAUGUCCAGUGCUUGAUCGGCGUAACUGUUGACAACAAAAAUGUUUUUCUUAUAAAUAUCAAUGAAUCUAAUUCUAAAUGUAACUUAAAUAAUAAUAACAAUAAUAACAUAAAUAAUAAUAAUAGUUUGUUAGUCAACAUCAACGCGACUAACUCGUCUUGCACGAGCAACACCAAGUCUGAUCAGGCAUUACCAAAAGUUGUAUCAGAACGAAGACACACAGAAUGUGUGGCUAUUGAUCAUGAUGGUGGUGGUUAUGCAGAAGUCCAGAAGUGCAUGAAGAUUGUGCAACAUCCCACCGGACUGGUCGAGCAAAAGGAAGUUCAGUGGAAAACAUACUCGGUUGACGGAAAGUUGUUGGAAGAAAAAAAAGUUGAGGAGAUCCAGCCAGUUGAUGAAACGCAAACAAUUCCUGGAAAUGAUGCUGAGACAGAGGAAUACAUGCCUAAUGAUGCUGCAAAUUAUGAUCAGGAACAAAAUUACAAUGAAUAUUAUGAAGAGUACACCGAGGAUCAGUUAUACGAUGCUGUCAAUGAUAAUCAAUAUUAUUAUCCAUAUGGCGAACAACAACAGUUGCAGCAACAGCAGCAGAUGUUUUGUGGUCCAACUGGUGCUGGAGGUAAGGGUGGAACAUUGAAAAGAGGCAGAGGAAGAGGACAGCACUCAAAUGUUACCAAUAAACAAAAGAUACAGCAGCAAAGCAUGGCACAGAAGCAACAUCAACAACAUUCAAGUGGUCAGCCCCCUUUCAAAAAGUUCCAUGGAGCCAACAGCAAGCAGAAUCUUCAGAUGAGAAACUAUCAGCAAACCAAACAGACUAAUGCUACACGAAAACAAUCUCAGCAAUUUCAACAGCAGCAGCAACAGUCUCAUUUUCAACAGACAUCCACUUUUACACAUCCUCAACAACAAUUUCAUCCACGACAACAACAACAAAGAAAACCAGCACCACAGCAAACUUUUCAGAACUCUCCAAGGUUUCAGCAACAGCAUCACCAACAACAAUUCCAUCUACAACAACAGUCUUCCAAAUUAAACCAACAACAACAUCAACAGCAAAUGAAACCUCCACGAGUGCGAAAAGUAACAUAUAAGCAGAACCCAACACUUGUAAACAAAGCAGUAAAAAUGGUGCAUGAAGGAGCAAUAACAAUAAAAGAUGCUCUGAAAAAAUUUAAUCUAUCAAGGGUCGACUUUUCAAAAUGUUUGAAGAUGAGUUCAUCUGCAAACGAUGCUGAGGAGGAGGAGGAGGCAGAGGAGGUUGCGGAAGAUGAAGAAGAAGAAUGGGAUGAAGAGGGCAAUGACAUGAGCAAUUAUGAAGAAUAUUAA